GAGGAUCCGGCGAUGCUGCUCUUCUGCCCGGCGUGCGGCAACGUUCUGGUGGCCGAGGAGGGGCCGCGCUGCCACCGCUUCGCCUGCACCACCUGUCCGUACGUGCGGAACGUGACGCGGAAGGUGAGCAGCAGGAAAUACCCGCGGCUGAAGGAGGUGGACGACGUGCUGGGCGGGGCGGCGGCGUGGGAGAACGUGGACUCCACCGCAGAGCCGUGUCCCAAGUGCGAGCAUCCCCGCGCCUACUUCAUGCAGAUCCAGACGCGCUCGGCCGACGAACCCAUGACCACGUUCUAUAAGUGCUGCAACGCGCAGUGCGGGCACCGCUGGCGCGACUGAACCGUGUCGUUCCCCCCCCCCCCCCCCCCCCCCCCAACCAUACCGUGGUGCUGUGGGCCGCUGCGCCCCCCCGGCUGUCAAUAAACGCAGUGGUGGAGCCGUGGCUGCGCCGUGAGGUGCGGUGGCUCCGUG